CCCCAUCUUGGUGACGAAAACUACUUACAAACAUUACAGGGUUUAGUUGGGGUCAAAGUGUACAGUUCAACGAAAGCAGGAACCAAUGAUUCCUAUAUGCCCAGUAGUUUCCUUCACCUAUGUGCCCAGCCGGCUAGGUGAAGAUGCUAAAAUGGCUACCGGCAACUACUUUGGUUUUACCCAUGGUAGUGCCGCGCCAUAUAGAGGUUGGGACAGGAGUAGCAUGGAGCCUAUGAUCUCAGCAGUGUUAAAUUUUAGUAGAGAAGUCCAGAAGAGGUUGUAUGGACUCCAUGUGAAAAAUCUGGUGAUACCUGAAAUCAGUGUGAUCCAAGCUUCAGCAUUACAGAUUUUCAGUUUUGGCGUUUAUGAAAAGGGAGACUUUGUGCUAGAUGCACCAAAUUUGUCAGAAUCGAGGUCUCUAAUUUUCCCUGCUCCAUUACAACCAGUCACAGUAGAUGCCUCAGACUGCUUGAGGAGCAGUGACUAUGGGGAUAAACGUGCAUGGUCUUUGGAAUGGAAAUAUGACAGACCAAAGAAAAAGCAUAAAAGAGAUGUUUGCACUUGUAAAUGCUCUCAGGUCAUGAAGUUAAUCAUAAUUGAAAAUGAAAAUAAGCAAAAGGAACUGGGAGGGGAAAUUGAGUUAUUGGACACUUGCAUCACUACUGAUUUAAUUCAUGGUAUUAAGGAAGAAAAAGACAAAUACCUUCAAAUGAGAAAAGAAAUAGAUAGGAAAUGUGAUGAGGUAAUUCAGCGAAAGGUGGGUAAAUUAAACAGAGAUGUAAAUGAGUAUGAAAACCACACUAAUUACCCUAAACCAGCAUAUCAGGGCAAUAAGAAUAAUAAUUUUAAAGGUGUAAUAAAACAGGAUAUGUAUAGAGAAGAUUUACUAUUCACAACUAUAGAUGUCAUUGAUUUGUUUGGAUGUAUUCCCUUUACUGAGGGGAUGGAUAUGUUUGAACAGAUGGUAUUCAGUGAUGAAAAUCUGAGGUUGGAAGACAAAAUAGCAAGUGUGACACUUAUGGACACCGUCUUAAAAUAUAAUUUUAUUAUGUUUGAUGGUGAAUACCACCAACAGAAGACGGGUGUAGCCAUGGGGGCAGUAUGUGCCCCCACAUUUGCCAAUAUUGUCCUAGCCAAAUGGGAGGAACAAUUUAUUGUCAACUGUAGAUUUAAGGAAUGUUGGACAAAAUAUUACAGAUUUUUAGAUGACAUAGUUAUUCUAUGGACAGAGGGCCAAGAAAAAUUCUUAGAGUUCAUGGAAUACAUCAAUCAAACCACUACAUUUUUGAAAUUCACAUAUACUAUAAAUAUGGAUUUAUUGAAAUAUUUGGAUAUAGAAAUAUAUAAAGAAGAUGGUAAAUUUCAGAGUAAGGUUUUUAGAAAAGAUACAUAUGUGAAUUCAUUCCUACAUUAUGAUAGUGCUCAUCCCCUUUAUAGUAAGAAAAACAUAGUGAAAGGACAGUUUGUAAGGGGCUCAAGGAUGACAUCAAGUGAUAUGGAUUUUCAAGAAGAAUGUAAGACCUUAACUAAUAUGUUUUUAGAACGUGAAUAUCCUUUAGACUUUAUUGAGAAGUCAAGGAAGGAGGUAGAGAUGGGUAGGAUGGGUAGGUUCAGACCAAUUUUGGAAAGGGGUAAUGAUACUAAGGUGGAAACGGACAUACAUAUUAAUGUUAGUAAGAAUAAUAAAACUGAACAACCUAACUAUAUGAGGAGUUUGGUAGUUGACUAUAAUAACUCCAAUUUUAAAUUGAAAAAAAUUUUUAAAAAGGAAUGGAGUAAAUUCAGCUCUUUGACUGAUAUUGAAGAAAUAACUAAAAUGGAACCAAAAUUUGUGUAUAAAAACCCACCAAAUAUAGGCAAGAUUUUGGAAAGGAGUAGUGGAAUAAUAAUAAAAGGAAACAAAGGUGAUAGAGAAUAUAAUAAAGUAUUGUCUUCAAAACCUAAUGAAAAGGUGUUCGAUGUUAUUGGACUUCAACGAUAUGGUGUCGAUCAUAUCGUAUUCGAAGUUCAAAGUUUUAUUGACUGUUGUGACAGAAUGAGACACUUAAAAGUGAACUCUCAAAACAACUCGUUGAUAAAGGAACUACAGUCCAUAAUGGGAAGUAUCCAGGAGCUUUCUGUUAAAUUUGAUAAGCUUAACAUAAAAAUGGACAAUAUAAAAGAAGAUUACAAGAAACAAACAGAAAUCUUAGAAGAGAUCAUAAAACAACAAUCUGUUCAGAUCUCAGCAAUAGAAGACACAUUAAGUGAUCUGGAUAGCAGAAUGGAUAGCACACAAAAGGACACCUAUUCUUAUGUACGUUCUACAGCUCCUGCAGUAGCGUAUGACAGCAAGCAGUACUACCAACAGCCAACAGCUACUGCUGCUGCAGUGGCAGCUGCUGCAGCAGCCGCAGCAGCCCAACCACAACCAGCUGUUGCAGAGUCAUAUUAUCAGACCGCUUCUAAAGCUGGAUAUAGCCAAGGGGCAAGCCAGUAUUCCCAGACGCAACAAACUCGACAGGUGACCGCUAUAAAGCCAGCUACCCCAAACCCAGCAACAACUGCUUUCUCUAUUUACCCUGUAUCCUCUACUGUUCAGCCAGUUGCAGCAGCAGCCACUGUGGUUCCAUCCUAUUCACAGAGCGUUACAUAUGGGACAACAGCUGUCACUUACUCUGGUGCUGCAUAUACAGGCUAUGAGGCUGCAGUUUAUUCAGCUGCCUCUUCCUACUACCAGCAGCAGCAGCAACAGAAACAGGCAGCUGCAGUUGCUGCUGCUGCUGCUACAGCUGCUUGGACUGGGACCAGCUUUACCAAGAAGAUACCAUAUCAAAAUAAACAACUGAAACCUAAACAGCCACCAAAACCUCCACAGAUUCAUUACUGUGAUGUCUGCAAAAUUAGCUGUGCUGGACCCCAGACUUACAAAGAACAUCUAGAAGGACAGAAACACAAGAAAAAAGAAGCUGCUCUAAAGGCAUCACAAACUACCACCAGCAGCAUUGGAUCUGCACGUGGAACUCAAAACCAGCUUCGAUGUGAACUUUGCGAUGUGUCCUGCACUGGAGCUGAUGCUUAUGCUGCUCAUAUUCGAGGAGCAAAGCAUCAAAAGGUGGUGAAGUUACACACAAAACUUGGCAAGCCUAUUCCUUCAACUGAACCUAAUGUUGUUGCACAAUCUGCUACUUCAUCAAACUCAGUAACAUCUUCAAAGUCUUUGUCGUCCUCAUCAAACCUUGUUACAAACAGUACCUCUGCAGUUGUAACGUCUGGAGUCCCAUCUUCUGCUGUUAAAGUACUUACUCCAAGUAAUAAUGUAGUUAUCACUACAGUAGGCAACAAUAAAACUGUUUCUCCUAUUACUGCUCUUAAUACUGUGAAGAAAAUGGCAACGCCCAAGAUAAAUUUUGUAGGUGGAAACAAGCUUCAGACAGCUGGAAAUAAAAUAGAAGAGGCCAAAACAGUUGAAAUUCAGAAGUCAUCUGCUUCUACUGUGAGUCAGACACAAGAAGUGAAAUCUGACACAAGUGUGGAACCUGCUACAUCAGCCUUGCUUGCUGCAUUGCAAAGUGAUGUCCAGCCUGUAGGCCAUGAUUAUGUGGAAGAGGUACGAAAUGAUGAAGGCAAGGUCAUUCGAUUUCACUGCAAGCUCUGUGAGUGCAGCUUUAAUGAUCCUAAUGCCAAAGAAAUGCAUCUCAAGGGAAGACGACACAGAUUACAAUAUAAGAAAAAAGUUAACCCAGACUUACAAGUGGAAGUAAAGCCUAGUAUUCGAGCAAGAAAGAUUCAGGAAGAGAAGAUGAGAAAGCAGAUGCAGAAAGAAGAAUAUUGGAGAAGACGUGAAGAGGAGGAGCGCUGGAGGAUGGAAAUGAGGCGCUAUGAGGAGGACAUGUACUGGAGACGAAUGGAAGAAGAACAACAUCAUUGGGAUGAUCGUCGUAGGAUGCCUGAAGGUGGAGGCGGAGGAGGAGCAGGAGGAGGAUAUAUGCAGGGGCCUCCAGGACCCAUGGGCUUGCUUGGUGUGAGACCGGGGAUGCCUCCACAACCACAAGGACCAAUGCCUCCUCGCCGCCCAGACUCCUCUGAUGAUCGUUAUGUUAUGACCAAACAUGCUACUAUUUAUCCAACUGAAGAGGAAUUGCAGGCAGUGCAGAAGAUAGUCUCAAUCACUGAGCGGGCACUGAAACUUGUCUCUGAUAACAUUACAGACUUGGAAAAGACCAAAGGCAAGGAUGUUGAUGAUAAAAAAGAGAGUAAUCGAGAUAGAGCACUGAAAGGAGUCAUGAGAGUUGGAGUAUUGGCAAAAGGGUUGUUACUUCGGGGAGAUAAGAAUGUUAGUCUGGUGUUACUGUGCUCAGAAAAACCUACUAAGUCAUUAUUAACUCGUAUUGCUGACAGUCUGCCUAAACAGUUAACGGUAAUAUGUCCUGAGAAGUAUGACGUGAAGUGUGACAUUGCAGAAGCAGCCAUAAUUCUCACAUCAACUGUGGAACCCAAAAUGCAAGUCACUAUUACGCUAGCAUCUCCAAUCAUGAGAGAAGAGAACAUACGGGAUGGAGAUGUAACCUCGGGUAUGGUGAAAGACCCACCGGACGUCUUGGACAGGCAAAAAUGCCUUGACGCUCUGGCUGCUCUACGCCACGCUAAGUGGUUCCAGGCUAGAGCAAAUGGUCUGCAGUCCUGUGUGAUCAUCAUCCGUAUUCUUCGAGACCUCUGUCAACGUGUUCCAACGUGGUCAGACUUUGAUAGCUGGGCCAUGGAGUUACUUGUUGAGAAGGCAAUCAGCAGUGCGUCUGCUCCUUUAAGUCCUGGUGAUGCUCUAAGGAGAGUGUUUGAGUGUAUUGCUUCCGGUAUAAUAUUGCCUGGUGGCCCAGGGCUUCUAGAUCCAUGUGAAAAGGACCCAACAGAUACUCUAUCUUCAAUGACAAUACAGCAGCGUGAAGAUAUUACCUCCAGUGCACAAUUUGCAUUGAGAUUGCUUGCUUUCCGUCAGAUCCACAAAGUUCUGGGAAUGGAUCCUUUGCCACAGAUGAAUCCACGGUUUAAUAUUCGCAACAACCGAAAAAGGAGAAGGGAGAUGGGUGAAGGAGUCGAUGGGUUUGAAGCUGAAGGAAAAAAGGACAAAAAAGAUUACGACAACUUUUAAGCAGCAGAAGGCUGUAUUUAUGGAUUCAGAAACUGACACUAAAUCUGAAUAGUUCUGAAGUUGCAGUGCAGUUACUGUCUUGGGCAUUGUUUCCUUUAACGUGUGUAUAGAUGCUACACUGUGGUAAUCUUUUUCCCUUCUUUACCAUUAGUAAUCCAUUAUGUGAACAUGAGACCAGAAGUUGAUGUAAAUCCUGUUGCUGUUGAAAGCAACAGUUCUGUAUUUACAAAUGAGUAUUUUGGCACAUUUCAAUUUGAGGGGGAAAAAAGUGUUAUCUACUGGCUGUGUUAAAGAAGAUUUAUCUUCUGAGGAAAUUGCAACGCACUUUGUUUCAAGUGUGAAGUGUUUUUUUAUUCCUAUGAAGUUAGGAUGUAAUCUAGGUUUAUGCAGUUUGGUCUUCAGUCACAGGCAUGAAGAGGAAUUCAGCAUGUGAAGAGUUGGUCUACAGGUCAUCCAAAUGUUCAUCACAUGUUUGCAAAUUAUGUGGCGUUGUACCUUUAGUGCAGUAUAAAGAUGUGAAUGAGAAGAAUUUAUGUUGAAGUUUGCCAGUUGCAUUAUCAAGAUAAAUGCUCUAAUAUAUAUGGUCUUGGCAGUAGUUUUGAACCACAUUUUGUGGUGUAUGUGUUUUGCAUGAUUGUAAAGUGAACUUCCCUUGCCCACUUUUCACCAUCUUCUAGUGAAGCUUUUUAAAAUCCAGAGUUAAUGUUUUAAGUUUUAUGUUUUAUAUAAAUAUAUAUAUAAAUCUUUGUAUAACUUUACUUUUGUUAUAAUAAGCCUAGACCAAAUGUUUGUAUUUUUUUUCAAGCUCUUAACCUUGGCUUUCCAGAAUAAGCUGUAAAUAACACUUCUGCUUAGAAUAAGACAGAUGUUAAUACAUGUCCCUUGUUUCCACCUCCCUGUAAUAGUUUAAAAAGUUUAGUAUUCACAAAUGUUGCAGAAAUAAUAUUUCAGACUGUUUCUUGCUGCUAACAGAAAUAUCAAAAUAUUUUAAGAAUUCCUGCAGUUAUUGCAUAGUAAACCAGAAGUGUAAUUUGCCACUUAAGACUAUAUUCAUAGCAGUGUUGUAAUUGAAUUACAUGCACUUGAUGUGUGUGUUGGUACAUCAUCAUCAUCACUGGUCAGAGCAGCAUAGUGUAAUGAAGAGCAGAUGUUAAUGAAAUAAAAACAAACUGCUUUUUUAUUUAAACAAA